AUGGAUUCCCCCAUUGUCACGCAGCUCUUUCGGCAGCUCUUUCGACAACGACCUCGCGGAUGCCAGGGCCGCCUACCCACGACGCUCCGCCGCGGCCUCGAGCAGAGCCAUCCCAGACCGCCGGCCAGCAGCCGCCAUGGGCGCGGUUACGCGACGAGGGCGUCCAUCGACCGCGGCAUGAAGACGAACGAGAGCCGCUGGCAGCAGCGAACGCAUCUCUUCCCAGAGGAUCGUAGCGACGAGUUUGCAAAGUACCCGUACAUUUCCAUGCAGGAGCUAAAGCAGCGGACGGAGCGCCCGCGCAAGGUCAAGAUGCUGCUGCGAGACUUUAUCGAAGACUCGCUCUACAAUCCCUCGUACGGCUACUUUUCCAAGCAAGCCGUCAUCUUUAGCCCCGGCGAGCCCUUUGACUUCAACGCCAUGCGCGAUGAGAUUGAGUUUCAGGGCGAGGUUGGCCGGCGGUACACGGAAUUCGAAGACCUUCUCGAUGAGGCCGAGGGCGGCGUCAACCCGACGCGGCAACUUUGGCACACGCCCACGGAGCUGUUCCGCCCCUUUUACGGCGAGGCCGUCGCGCGCUACCUCGUCUCCAACUACCGCCUGACGACGUACCCUUACCACGACCUCAUUCUGUACGAGAUGGGCGCCGGCCGCGGCACGCUCAUGCUCAACAUCCUCGACUACAUUCGCGCCGUCGACCCGCAGGUCUACGCGCGCACCCGCUACAACGUGAUUGAGAUCUCGCCUGCCCUCGCCGCCAUGCAGCAGCACCACCUCCGCGCGACGGCCGAAUCGCGCGGGCACGCGGACAAGGUCACCAUCAUCAACCGCUCCGUCUUUGAGUGGGAUCAGUGCGAGCCCUCGCCGUGCUUCUUUCUCGCCAUGGAGGUCUUUGACAAUUUCGCCCACGACGGCAUCCGCUACGACGUCACCACCGAGGAACCCCUCCAGGGCCACGUGCUCAUCGACGGCGACGGUGACUUUUACGAAUUCUACGUCCACGAGCUCGAUCCCGUCGCCGCGCGCUUCUUUCGCGUCCGCCACGCGGCCACUGGCGGCGUCUACCCCCGCCCCUACGCCGCCAACCCCGUCCUGCGCUACCUCGCUGCCCGGAUGCCCUUUGCGCCAAACCUCUCCCGCGCCGAAUUCAUCCCCACUCGCCUCAUGCAGUUCUUUGACGUGCUCGAGCGCUACUUUCCCGCGCACCGCCUCGUCACGUCCGACUUUGACUCCCUCCCGCAGGCCAUCCCGGGUCUCAAUGCGCCCGUCGUCCAGACGCGCUACAACCGCCGCAUGGUGCCCGUCACGACCCCGCUGGUCCAUCAAGGCUACUUUGAUAUUCUCUUCCCCACAGACUUUGCCAUCACCGAGGCCAUGUACAGGGCCAUUACCGGCAAGCUCACGCGCGUCAUGUCCCACGGCGACUUCUUGCGCCGCUGGGCGUACGUCGAGGACACGCAGACGCGCAGCGGCGAAAAUCCGCUGCUGUCGCAUUACAAGAAUGCGAGCGUCAUGGUGACUGUGUGA